UCUCCGAAAACGGAAGUUAAUCAUCUGGGUUCCGAGAGGAGACGGAUUGGGUUAUGUGAUGCUGAAGAAUACAUAUAAAAUAAAAUAUUUGUACUGUUUAAUAGCACAGUUUGAAAAGCAAAAAAUAAAUCUGACAUGAAGUUCCGCUAGCAAGCUGAUCACUCCUCUAGCCCCACUGGUUGAACAAUGCAAUGGACACUGGCGAAGAGCUGCAGGAAUCUCCAAUGAUUCACGGAAAGGAGCAACCAAGGCCUCGAACUGACAGAAGCGGACCAUCCAAUACCACUCACACCCCAAGCACCCCUCUAUCUCCGAUGGACCCCCUGAACACUCUCUCCAACUUCGAGUCAGAAAUGGAACCAGACGGACAGGGCAGUUACUCACUGUUCCCCGCCUUGGACAACAUGGCAAGCCUGUCAGGAACAUCAGAAACUUUAGAGACGGAACCACCAAGUGAUGUGUCAGACAAGCCCAAUCUCACGUGGCUCGAUGCUGCACAGAUAGUCCUUGAGGAGGCCGGGAGGCCAAUGCACAUUAAAGAAAUCAAGCAGAGGAUUAUUGACAGAGGCCUGGUGCAAUCAAAUGCAAAGUCGAGUCUUGAAGCUGUGAUGUACCGUGAGGUAAGAUGUGAAACUCAGAAAGGGAGCAGGCGCUUCAAGAGGAUUGAGAACAGAAAUGGGGUCUUUGCGCUGUUGACGAAUGAAGAGCGGCAGCAGGCGCUGAGGGCCUUUGCGGCCCAGUCGCUCCUGGCAUCCCCUGCCCAGGCCACCUUCUCCAGCUCCAGCUCUGGUGCCUCGCUGCCCCCCUUCCCCUCCCCACCGGGCCUCUCUGAGUCCAGGCCCAAAUGCAAGAAGGUCUUCCGCAAGAACCAGAAUGAAAAGUACCGGCUGAAGUACUUGAGGCUGCGCAAGGCUGCCCGCACCAUCAUAUUUGAGAAUGCAGCUCUCUGUGAUGAGGUGGCCCACUUGGAGGAGAAGUUUGUCCGUGCGAAGGAGGAGCGCAGGUUCCUUCUUAAGACGCUGCUGCAGUACCAGUCUCUGUCAGAGGGGGAGCUGCUGUCUGCCCCCAGCACCAGUGCCUAUGCUCCUGUGGCCUUCAGCUCCAGCUCAGUGGGGUCGUCACUCUUGGCAGUGGGUCACAGCAUGAGCCCCAGCAUCUCUGGGGGUGACGAGGGCCUCCCAAGGAAGCCCAAGAAAGAGCGAAAGGAACGAGGGAGGGAGAAUGGAAGAGAGGACGUGCUGAAGAAGGUGUCCAAGAAGAGGAAGGUGAUGGAGGGGGGAGCCCGCAAGCUGGUCCAGCCGAUCCCUCUGGACUCCUCAGGACGUCCUGUCUUCCCCAUUGUCCUGGGGGGUCUGACUGUGUACAGCCUAGGGGAGAUCAUCACAGACAGGGUCCUCUUUCACGAUGAGAACGCCAUCUACCCUGUAGGCUUCUGCAGCACACGCGUGUUUGCCAGCAUGAAGAGCCCAGAGCUGCAGUGCCUCUACACCUGUCAGAUCAAAGACGGGGGUGCUGGCCCGCAGUUUGAGAUUGUUCCGGAAGAGGACCCUCAGAAUGCGAUAGUGGCCUCUUCAGCCCUCACCUGCCACACCAACCUGCUGAAGGCCAUCGCAGCCAUGAGGGGUAAGCCGCUGGGCUCCAUUGUGCCAUCUGGAGCUGACUUUUUCGGGUAUUCCCAUCCCACCAUCCAGAACCUGAUCCAGAGUUGCCCAGGGGCACGGAAAUGCAGCAACUACCACUGGGUGCGCUUUGAAGUGUGUCGCCCUGGAGAUGGACGGCUGCCACAGGGCCUGUCGGAGGAUGACGCUUCCAUCAACUUUGAGGCCUUUCAGCGUCAGCAGGGCUAUGAGGAGGUCUCAGCAGCAGAGCAUGGCAUUGCAGGACGGCCUGUGCAGUCUGCCCUCCCUGCCCACCCGCGACUCCUUGGCUCACCCAGCCUGCAGCCUUCCUCCUCUUCCUCCUCCUCCUCCUCCUCUCACUUCAGCACCUGACCCCAAAUCCCUGCAUCUCAAAGGACAGCAGCUGCUGGAGUUGACCUCCAGUGACAACACUCCAUCCCUCUGCCCUGCUUUGUGCUGGAUGUACCAUCCACUAGAGGCUGACAGCAAAGCCCAGGCAAAGCAGAUUGAAUCGCUCACACGGGGGCGUGGAAAUUAUUGCCAAAAAAGUAAUUUUUCUUAAGGACCAGAGAAUCAUGUCUGUUACAUGUAUUUUUACGAGAGCAUGUCGCUUCACCUUUAAGCUGUAAUCAAAGGAAGGCAUGACGGUGUCACAAAUGGUUUGUAACGAGCCAGGCAGUUGACCAUAGUGCCAUCUACUGGCCAGUAUGUGUACUGUCCCUUUGAGUAGGCGUAUAUUUAGUGUUUAGGACAUUUUGGUUGUUUGGUGUAAGUCAUGGAAAAUAAACUGU